AUAGGGCGCCAUAGUGUAUCAAAGGGUAAACACGACGCGUUCAUCUAGGACGGUCAACAUUGAGGUUACACUGAGAUAAUGUUAUAAAGUUAUUUACGUCCCUCUGAUAAAGCAUCAUGGGUAUUUCGCCAGUACUGGUGGGAUUUGCCGGUCUUACUGCAGGGAUAGCUGUGAUUGGUAAUCUACCGGUCACAUGGUUCACAACUGUAGAAAAGGCCACACUCAAGUAUUUGGAAAAAGGAAAACUUCAAACUAUAGAGGCCAGCCCAAGGAUUUUUAGUGUCAAAGACUUAUGGAAAGACCAUGGAGUGGUUAUCAUGGCUGUCCGGAGACCCGGAUGAUCCAUGUGCAGAGAGGAGGCCCUGGGUCUGUCCUCUCUGAAGCCACAGCUGGACGCCCAUGGAGUUUCCCUACACGCUGUAGUCAAGGAGACUCUGGGCGUGGAAGACUUCAGGCCUUUUUUCAAAGGAGAUGUCUACCUUGAUCCUGAUAAAGUGUUCUACGGUCCCAAGGAGAGAUGGUCCUCAUUAUUAGGACUUCUACGAAUCAACUUCAUUCAUCAUGCCUAUACUGUUCGCAAGAAAAAGAUUCCAGGAAAUCUGGAAGGGGAAGGCCUUCUUUUGGGAGGCGUGUAUGUAAUCGGGCCUGGACAGAGUGGAAUUUAUUAUCAGCAUCACGAAAUGGAAUUUGGGGACCAUGCUAACCUUACAGAUGUUCUUGAGGCCGUAAAGAAAAUAUCAGCUGAUCUCAAAAAGCAAUAAUCCUAGAAAUUACAUAAAAAAUUAAAAUGUUUUUCCUUAAAUGUUGAAUACCUGUGUCGUAUAGUAAUCUUGCCGUAGAGCAAACCUUUCAUUGAAAAAGUUUACUACAUAUAUAUAGAUAACAUCUUUCUCCUUGAGUAUUUGUAAUAUACUUAACUUUCCUCUCGUAUACUCUAUUGGGGAUAUGUUUACUGUAGCUAAUAUUCUGAAAUACAUAAACCCGCUUGUAGAAAGAAAAAAUGAAAAGAAUUAUCAAUUUGCACUUUUUUUGUGCACGCAUAUACUAUUUCAUUGAAGACUAAUUUUCAAAACUUUUAGGGUUAUCGAGAUUUGUGGAUAUUUGUCUUAUUUCAAGUUAUUUGUCGAUAGUUGUGUGACACAAAGAUCAAUAUUUCCUGUAGGAUACAUUUCCUAUAGACUGCAUAAAUUUCAAAUCAUUUAAGCUAAUGAUUCAUGUACACUAUAUGCUGAAGACAUCCCACGUAGCAGAAUUUCUUCUUGGUAGGAAGUUGUAGAUAUAGUUGAUAUUACCCAUGGUGGAAGAUUGACUUUAUAAUUAAUAUUCCUCAAGGGGAAUGUUGCCUUUAUACGAGUAGUAGAUCUUUCUCAGUAUUAAAGGUUGAUCAUAUAGAUAAUUCCCCAUGGUGAAAGAUUGGAUAUAUAGUGGAUCUUCCCCACUGUGGAAUGUUGUCUAUAUACUGUAGUAAAUAUUCACCAUUGUGGGAGGUUGACUUAAUUCGUAUAAGAAUGUUAGAGUCUUUGUUAGAGUUCUUCAUUGAUUUUUCAUGUACUUAUAAUUAUUGAGAUUCCCGGUAUGAUUUGUGCCAUAAUUCAUAAACAUUAAAAUUGUAUAAUCAUUAAAAUUGUAAUACAUAAUCAUUAAAAUUGUAAUAAAAACACCCAAUACAGAUGUACACUUUGAAAUGAUUUAUGACGUUUUACUCCGAAAUCUUUGAACGGAGUGAAACUGAUCUAGCUGUCAUCUUCAGAGUAGUACUUGUAUUAAAGUGUUUUUAUUUCAAUCGAAAUGUCUUGCCUUAUUUUACCAUUGAAUGUUUUAAACAAUGUUAAGACUUUUAACUUUUUGUUCAAGCAGAAAUGCAAAAAGAAAAGGAAAAAAUAAAAUUUGAAAACAUGGUUUAUUACAGAUGUUGGACUGAUUAAAUGAAUGUUUAAAUGAA